AUGCUGACCAGUCGUUUAAUACCGCGGACCGUUGUCCGAUCUGCUUUCCGUUCUCCCUCAUCUUUACCUUCAGUCAUCGCCCCCGCGUCGCGAUGGAGAAGAGGAUACGCUACUGAAGCCGAGGAGAAGGAUCUCGUCAUCAUCGGUGGUGGCGUAGCCGGAUAUGUCGCAGCUAUCAAGGCUGGGCAGGAAGGGUUAAAGGUCACCUGCAUUGAGAAGCGAGGCGUGCUCGGCGGCACUUGUCUCAACGUUGGCUGCAUCCCUUCGAAAUCCCUCCUUAACAACUCCCACAUGUACCAUCAGAUCCUCCACGAUAGCAAACCUCGAGGUAUCGAAGUCGGCAAUGUCCAGCUUAACCUGGCGGCUAUGAUGAAGGCAAAGGAUACCUCCGUCACAAGUCUGACCAAAGGUAUCGAAUAUCUCUUCAAAAAGAAUGGCGUCGAGUAUAUUAAGGGAACCGGUACUUUCGCUAGCGAACAUGAAGUCAAGGUCCAGUUAAACGAUGGCGGCGAGACAAGCGUGGUCGGCAAGAACAUCCUCAUCGCCACUGGUAGUGAAUCCACGCCUUUCCCAGGGCUCGAAUUCGACGAGAAGCGCGUCGUCACAAGUACUGGUGCCUUGUCCCUCGAGAAGGUUCCCGAGAAGAUGAUCGUCAUCGGCGGUGGCAUCAUUGGCCUUGAGAUGGGUUCUGUGUGGUCGAGACUGGGCGCCCAAGUUACCGUCGUAGAAUUCCUGGGUCAGAUUGGCGGCCCUGGCAUGGACUCCCAGAUCGCCAAAGAGGCGCAAAAGGUCCUGAAGAAGCAAGGAAUAGAAUUCAAGCUCAGCACCAAAGUGGUCAGCGGCGACCCUAGUGGUGAGAAAGUCAAGCUAGAGGUGGACUCUGCUAAAGGUGGCAAGCCUGAAAGUCUCGAGGCAGAUGUCGUCCUUGUUGCCAUUGGUCGCCGCCCAUACACUGCCGGGCUCGGUCUGGAGAACAUCGGUCUGGAGAUCGACGAGCGGGGCCGUGUUGUAAUCGACUCGGAGUACCGCACCAAGGCCUCGCAUAUCCGCUGCAUUGGCGACGUCACAUUCGGCCCUAUGCUUGCACACAAGGCCGAGGAAGAAGCCGUUGCCGCCGUCGAAUACAUCAAGAAGGGCUACGGCCACGUCAACUACGGCGUCAUCCCGUCCGUCAUGUACACGCACCCCGAAGUCGCCUGGGUCGGCCAGAACGAGCAGGAACUCAAGCAACAGAACAUCCCAUACAAGAUUGGAACCUUCCCCUUCAGCGCCAACUCGCGUGCCAAGACUAACUUGGACACCGAAGGUUUGGUCAAGAUGAUUGCUGAUCCCGAGACGGACAGACUCUUGGGCUGCCAUAUUAUCGGACCCAACGCCGGCGAGAUGAUAGCCGAAGCCACCCUCGCCUUAGAGUACGGCGCGUCAACAGAAGAUAUUGCGCGCACGUGUCACGCUCACCCGACAUUGGCGGAGGCGUUCAAGGAGGCGGCUAUGGCAACUUACUCGAAAGCUAUCCACUUCUAA